CCGACACUGCAGUAUUUGAAUUAUCACAUUUUUUUUAUAUUUUAUUUAUUUUGAUUAAAGCAAUUAAGAGUGAUUUUUCUGCUCAAAAUUUAGUAAUUAGGUUCAAAGAGCUUUUAUUUGCUUUUGUGUGUGGACUGUGGACAGGUACAAUUUAAUUUGAUCAAAGCAAUUAAGAGUGAUUUUUAUACCAUUUGGAUGGAGAUGGAUUCAAUGAUGGGAGGUGUACGUAUAGUAUGCCCAACAAGUGUAUAAGAGCAGGAUGGCUGGGGGAGUAGGAGAAGACACACAGAACAUGUUGCAUUUGCGAGUUAUGAAGAAUCAACAAUUAAGAAGAAAAAGAAGAUGGCGAGAGUGGAUGCAAAUUGCAAUGGUUUGAGGUUAAGUAAGUUUAAAAGAAUUCACUUUGAGGUCCAAAGAAUAAUUGGCUUUAAGUAUGUAAAACAUUUGCAUUAUUCCAACGUUUUCAGACGCAUGGAUUCGUUUAUAUGUUUUCGAUGGACUUUCAUUUUGGUCACUGCAGGCAAUGGAUCGGAGUUGGUUGGUAUCACUACCAGAAAGCAAAGCCAGUGGUGCCUCAGCAAGUAUGUUCUGAAUGUGACAGUGUCAAGAUUUCGCUUGAUGAAGUGAUAUAUAUUGUGCCAACGUUUUCGAGGCAUGAAUUCAUUUAUAUGAUUUCGAUGGGCUUUUGUUUUGGUGAGUGCAAUGGAGUUGGUAUCGCUACGAGAAGCAAAACCAGUGGUGCCUCAGCUUGGGUUGGAGAUGAAUGCAGUGUGGAGAAGAACAAGCAUGGAAGUGUUGAUUUUGAGGUGGCAAUAACGGUGGGGGAAGUAGUGGAGGUGUUUGCAGAAUUCCAUCCUUUGCAUACACUUUUUGUAUUUGAAAUGCAGAGGAACAGUGAUGGACAAGAAGGCCUUCCCUGCAAUUUCAUCAACCUCAAUUACAAGUGGUAGAGCAGCAUCAUGUUUGGGCUUAGCAUAUACUAUCUCAUAGUUUGUUAAAUUCAACCGAAAAGUGUUUGCAAUAAUCAAACUAUUGGUCUCCUCUUACAAGAAUCAUGUUUCGCCCACUCAAUUAUCUUUUGAGCAUUUUUCUUUUCUUUUUUAAUCCAUGUGUAUUGCAAGGAUGACAGAAUUUGACAUCAUCACUCUUUUGGAGUCCAUGCUAGUUUCAUUAUAACAAUAUUAAAGUAUCAUUUUAAUUCUACUAUAAUUUCAUUUGAUAA